AUGUCUGAUAGAUAUAGACCUUCAGGUCCCAAGUCUUCUAGAUACAGCGAGGGCCGUGAUAUAGAGCGUGAACGAGAGCGUAAUCGCGAUCGCGAGAGAGAUUCUAAUGUUAGAGAUGACUACAGAGGAGGAAAUUAUAAGAGCCAGUACAGUAAUAGUAGUAGAGAUUCAAGUGUGCGAGAUUACUAUGCUGGGCCACCUCUGUCCAAUAGCAAGAGGCAGGCAUCUGAUCGCGAUGGAGAUAAUUACAGGUCUGGUAGUAAGCCUAGUGUAGCAAGUAGAGGAAGCAGAAACGGACCUGGAACUGGGCCACACAUGCCUUCGAGAGAUUCUGCGAAUGGAAGUAAUGGAUUCGCAGACCGUGAGAUUCCUGGUGGUCCAAAACUGAGCAGACAGCCUCUCCAGGCGCCAGCAUCAUCAUCAUCAUUAUCAUCAUCAUCCACAGCCAAGGGCAGACCUCCUCCUAGCGGACCUAGUGGAAAGCCACCAAUUGGCCCCAAGGGAACUUCGAUUCCUACAGGUCCUUCCAAAUUCAGACCCGCGGGUCCUUCUGGUUAUAAAGGCAAUAAGGAAUCGACUCAAGACAAGGGUGGAAGAGAUACAUAUAGACCAGCCCAAAGGCGUCAAGCUUUACCACCUCAAGAGAGUACAGUAGGCGGAGGCAGUAAAAGGCCGCACGAUUCCACAACAAGAACUGAUGACUAUAGGAAAAGGCACCAUUAUGAAGAUGAUUACGACUAUGAUCAAUCAUACUCAAGUAGCAAAGGUAGUUACAGAUCCACAUAUGGCAGUGGACAAGGAUAUGGUGGACGAGACGAUAAGUAUGCAUCAACCAGGAAUAAUACUAAUCCCAAUAAGGCCAAAAAUGGUCCUCCUCUGGGUCCUCAUGGACCGCAAAGGGGACCGCCUGCUAAGACGAAAGGUAAAGGUAAGGAAAACAGUGGUCCAGGUAAUCAGAAGAAGCCCAGAAAAUUGCUUACCAACUCUCAGAUUUAUCUGAUUCGUACUAUUAAACCGAACGAAGUAUACGCACGAGUUCAGCAAGUUGGCGAGGGGACUUACGGGAAAGUUUACAAAGCCAAAAAUUCUAUAACCAACGAAUUUGUAGCAUUAAAGAAAUUGAGAUUGGAAUCUGAAAGAGAGGGAUUUCCAAUCACAGCUAUGAGAGAAAUCAAAUUAUUGCAAUCUUUCAAUCAUCCUAAUAUAGUUGGAUUAUUGGAAAUGAUGGUUGAGCAAAAUCAAAUUUACAUGAUUUUCGAUUACAUGGAUCAUGAUCUUACUGGGUUGUUAACCCACCCUGAUUUGAAACUUGAAGAAAGUCAUAAAAAGUUCAUUUUCAAACAGCUAAUGGAAGGUUUGAAUUAUUUGCACAGGAAAAGAGUUAUACAUAGAGAUAUAAAGGGAUCCAAUAUUUUAUUGGACAACAUAGGGGUUGUGAAAAUUGCUGAUUUUGGAUUGGCAAGAACGAUGAAAAUUACCCUGAACGGUGAGCUGCCUGAUUACACAAACAGGGUAAUCACUAUAUGGUAUAGACCACCCGAAUUAUUACUAGGAUCUACGGAUUAUGGAAGAGAAGUUGAUAUUUGGGGUGUAGGAUGUUUACUCAUUGAAUUGUAUUCUAAAGUUGCUGCAUUUCAAGGCUUUGAUGAAGUUGGACAAUUACAAAAGAUCUUCAAUGUAAUGGGAACUCCAACUUUAGAUAGUUGGCCAUCGAUGAAUGAAUUACCUUGGUUUGAAAUGUUGAAACCUAAGGUAAAUAAGGCAUCUAUAUUUGGUUCGGAAUACAAGCCAAUUAUGAGUGAAUUGAGUUAUGACUUGGCAGAAAACUUGUUGAUGUUAGACCCAAAGCGAAGAUUAAACGCUGAGCAAGCGUUGAAGCAUCCUUAUUUCUGGCUGGAUCCCAAGCCUGAACCAUUAUAUUUUUUGAAAGAAUUGAAGGGUGAAUGGCAUGAAUUUGAGACGAAGAAGAGAAGACGCAUGGAAAGGAAAAGGAAACAGGAGAUGAAUAAUAUCAUAACACCUAGUGUUCAACUGGUUCCAAACGUAGAACGAAGUGUGCCACCACAAAGUGUGCAGCAUAGUGCCGGGCCCUCUGCCGAACAAGCAGAUGAGCCGAGCACGGAACAGGUAAUUGAGCAGGUUGUUGAACAGGUUGUAGAGCCAGUUGCAGAACACACCAAUGCUGAACCGGUUUCGGUGCCAAACCCAGAGCAACCUGAUGAAAAUAUUGCUGAACUGAGUGUAGAGGUCACUGCAGAACAGGCUGAGAAGUAA